AUGGUUCUGAACAUAAUUGCUGAUAAGCUGCGUCUGAUCAACGGUCUGAAUGGUGGUCUGGUUACUGGUGUAAAUGGAGUUAACCCUCUACUGGUGGGUGGUCUGAACCCACCCAUUCUUUCUGGUGGUGCUGCUGUUAUAGGACAGCCUCCAUUAACACAGUUUCUGCCUGCAGCCGCCCUUCCUCCAUAUGUGCUUCAGCAGCAGCCUGUGGCUGCAGUUCCCUACGCUCCACCCAACAUUGGACCUCAGAUGGCUUAUCCUUUCGCUCCCUCUAACGGGGGGCUGCCGUAUUACAUUGGUGGGCCCCAGAAUCAACCAGGCAUAAUCCCUCCUCAGCAACAAGUUGCGGCUGGACAAGGCCCUACUGGAAAAAACCAAGCUGUACCACCAGGCUCACUGACUAGAUUUAAGCGCUCCUUCCUCAGAAGGAACACUGCGAGACCACCUGUCUCAAUCACCCAGAUGCCAGCUCAGCUCAGCCCUACUGUGUCUGGAAAUUCUGUGGGGUAAAUUUGAGUGAAAGACGUGUUUGAAUCGCUGAGAUACUUUCAAGAUAUCUCCUCUUUUCUACAUUAAAUGUCAUUUUCUAUUUAGAAUAUUACAGAAUCAUUGCUGAUAAGUAAAAUGUAUAUUAUUCUUUAUGCAGUUAAUCCAUUCUAAUUGUCUAACCCUUUGCUUUAUACUGACAAAUUAUCAGCAUCUGUAAUAAAUGUUUAUACUGAAUACUUA